UACCAGACGGAAGUUGCUGUAGCACUGCCUGGGUCAGGAGGGAAUCCGCCAUCACUCUUCGUAGUUCGCCAUCACAAUAACGCUUUUACUUUAUCUUCAGGAAAAAAACAUACUGGUGACGGUGCAUAAAGAUGAUUAUUCCAGUCCGGUGCUUCACUUGUGGGAAGAUCGUGGGUAAUAAGUGGGAGGCAUACCUGGGUCUACUCCAAGCGGAAUAUACUGAGGGUGAUGCUCUUGAUGCCCUGGGCCUGAAGAGAUACUGCUGUCGGAGGAUGCUGCUUUCUCACGUGGAUCUUAUUGAAAAACUAUUGAAUUAUGCUCCUCUGGAGAAGUGAUCGUGACCGCCUACGUGCAGCAAAUGCAUGGACUUCAUGGGGCUGUGGCUUGGACUGAUUUGUGUUAUUUUGCAAUGGCAAAUGUCAUCACAAUGAAGACUUUUGAAACAUUGAUUUGUUCAUCUUCUUUGACAGGUUUUCUUUUCUAAAUAAAGCUAUUAAAUGUA